AUGUAUCGCACAAAUGUAGCGCGCUCUCUUCAGGGCCUGCGUGCUCAAGCUCCAAGAACGACCCAAUCCUCGACGAUCCUCCGUGCAGCCCUCCGAACCUCUGCAAAGCCUGCUAUCCGACCCAGCACAUUGGCUCUCGCGCUCAGAAAACCUGUCUCGAAGUCGCUGGUUCGCUAUGAAACAACAUACCAGAAAGCGAGUUUCCCGAAAAGUCGAGACAACAAAGCGGAGGAAGCCUAUGGUCAGGAAAUGGUGGUAGCACAUCCAUCACUCGUCUCUUCAACUUCGUCGGUACAUCCUGCAGUCUCCGGCGAGGUCGGUGGAACUCCUCACGAAGAAGAGAUCGAUAUGACUGCCUCAAUACGCAGUGACUUUAAAACAAUUGUUGACACUUUCAGCUUGAAGGACGUGCCCCGGGAAGCCCUGGCUGUCGGUCUUGCCGGCGUUAUUCCAUAUCUAGCGACAUCCCUAUCCACAGUCUACCUUGCAUUCGACAUCCAGUACGCGGCGUCCCACGGUCAGGGCCUGAUCCUUUCCGGUGAGGUUGCUGAGCAGCUCCUGCACAUUAUUGAGCCAAUUCAACUGGGCUACGGUGCUUCUAUCAUUUCUUUCCUCGGAGCCAUUCAUUGGGGUCUUGAAUGGGCUGGCUAUGGCGGUCAUCAGGGCUACCCACGAUACUCUAUGGGUAUUGUUGCAACAGCUGUCGCGUGGCCGACCCUCCUCCUACCGGCUGAGGUUGGUCUGAUUGCUCAGUUUCUGGCUUUUACCUUCCUCUACUACAACGAUGCCAGAGCUGCAAGUCGUGGCUGGGCACCAUCGUGGUAUGCCACGUACCGCUUCGUGCUUACUUUCAUCGUGGGCGCAAGUAUCGUAGCAUCGCUCAUCGGCCGUGGUCAGAUCGCUGAUCUCAUUACCCGACCUCCUGGUCCCGCAGAUCGCAUGCGAGCGCUAAGAGAACAGCAGCUGGAGCAACUUGAUGCUGAUGAUGCUGAAGGCAAGGCUCGUGCAGAAGCUGCAGGCGAAGACGAGGAUGGAGAUGACGACGAGUAG